UGUACAGUUAUAUAACUAACCCGCACACGCCAUUUUGAUCGUGUACUUAGCGGAUUUUCGCGUGUUCAAGAACUGUGUUUUCAAUAGAGAGAUGUCUCUGUCAAGAAGAGAGUAUGAUGAUCUGAAGUCUGUCUUGGACAAGACCGUGCACAAGUUCCUGGGUUUCAGUGAACCCACGUUGGUGUCGGCUGCCUUGGACUGUAUUGACCGAGGUUAUGACAGGAAGAAGACAGUGGACAAGCUGACAGCCAUGCUGGACACCGGUCAAGCCAGCAAGUUUGUGGACAAAGUGUUCAGCGUGUGGGAAGACUACAGGUCCAGCAACAAACAUGGCCGCACCAAGAAGAGAAAGGAUGAUGAGAAGGAGGAAGGUACGGAGCGAGUGAAGAAGAGACGGUUUGCUGACGACACAGCAAGUGUGAUUCCUGGCCCUGGCCAGCCAAGUCCUGGUCAGCUGACGGCAGAUAAAAUCAAAGACAUGAUGAUGAAUGCCCAGAAGAUGAUUCAAGAGAGGAAAGCACAGAUCCAGGCAACGAUGCCCCCAGCCAACCCUGCUCUGGGUACAGCUGGUCUCAUGAAUGGCCAUGGACAAAAUUGCUCUCACAGGGCCAACAUCCGAGCCAAGCGUCGGGAACAGUUCAAGGGUCUGAUAGACAAACCACCAGAGGAGAUCAGUGACAGCAGGUUCUUCGACCCCCGAGUUGGUGGUAAAGGAGCAACUAGACAGAAGAGAUCCUUCAAGUUCCAUGACAAGGGAAAGUUCGAGUCACUGGCACAGAGGCUCAGAACCAAGGCCCAGCUGGAUCGGCUGCAGAAUGAAAUCGCCUCGGCAGCUAAGAAGACUGGUAUAGCAUCUGCCGCCAAGCUGGCAACAAUAGUGCCCAAGAAAGAGAUAAAAGAGGGAGACACCCCGGACAUUGAGUGGUGGGACUACUUCAUCACCAUCAAGGAAUCAUAUGAGGAGGUGCCGAAUGAGAAACCGUCCAGACGGGCCAUGCUACAGGGUAUCACCACGCUGGUUGAACAUCCAGCUCAACUCAGGCCGCCGGCUGAGCCCACGAAGGAGAUCAGCAUCCCAGUGUACCUGACCAAGAAGGAGAGGAAGAAGCUGAGGAGGCAGAACAGGCAGGAGGCGGAGAAGGAGCUCCAGGAGAAGAUCCGUCUCGGGCUCCAGCCACCACCCGAACCUAAAGUGCGAAUGGCCAACCUGAUGCGAGUGUUGGGUACGGAGGCUGUGCAGGACCCCACCAAGAUAGAGGCACACGUCAGGGCACAGAUGGCCAAGAGGCAGAAAGCUCACGAGGAGGCAAAUGCAGCUCGGAAGUUGACGACGGAACAGAGACGGGACAAGAAAAUCAAGAAAAUCAAAGAAGAUACAACACUGGGUGUGAGCGUAGCUGUGUAUAGAGUUCGCGAUCUCAACAACCCUGCACGGAAAUUCAAGAUCGAAGCUAACGCCAAUCAGUUAUUUAUGACGGGUUUUGUCGUGAUGUACAAAGACUGCAAUGUGAUAGUGGUGGAGGGAGGACCAAAGCAGCAGCGGAAAGUUCAGUCAAAUGAUAGUGACUCAGGAGGGAGGGAGGAGGAGAAGUACAACAAGUGUGUGUUGGUGUGGGGAGAUGCGUAUUGUGGAAGCUUGAGGGAUGGGUUGGGGUGCUGGGCCUUCUCUGAAAUGAAGUUCAAGCUGUGUCCAACAGAAUCUUUUGCACGUGAACAGUUCAGGAAGUGUGGUGUAGAACAUUAUUGGGACCUUGCGUUCAGUGGUGCUGUGUUAGAGGCGGCAGGAGAGGAGGUAUGAUGAGACGUGGGCACGACCACGACUGGGAUGUUCUGAGUAAGGCAAGGUUGAUGAGUGAUGAUAGGAGGUUAAGACAGCUUUAAAUGGGAAGUACUGUGGCAUAGGAAGAUGGCGACGUUGGAUGGACAGAGGAAGAGCUGGAGGAAGGCCAUGGGAAGAAUAUGGACUCUGAGGUCACUUCUCAUAUCUAGAAUAUGCAAUGGAGUGAUAAUGGCGAUGACAUGUGAAACAACAGUGAGAAUGAAUAUCGAAGCUGACAUUAUUAACACCCUAUCUGCUAUUGAAAACAUUAAAAAAGUCUAGUAAUAAAAAUUGUUUAUUGAGGUGGUGGGGUAGCCUAGUGGCUAAAACGUUUGCUUGUCAUGCUGAAGACCGGGUUCGAUUCCCCACAUGGGUACAAUGUGUGAAGCCCAUUUCUGGUGUCCCCUUCAGUGAUUUUGCUGGAAUAAUGCUAAAAAAGCGUAAAACCAUACUCUCUCACUCGCUUUGUUUUGUAGAUAGGGGUAACGGGGACCUGGUAUUAUUUGAAAAUGAAUGAUCAGUUACUGACAUUGCAGGGUUGAAACAAAGCAUUACAAAUCCCAGACUCCCAAGGCUUGCAGAUGGUCAGGGGCGAUAGUUAGCCUAGUGGUUGAUUCCCCACAUAAUGUACAGUGUGUGAAGCCCAUUUAUGGAUAUUGCUGGAAUAUUGCUAAAAGCAGCGUGAAACCAUACUCACUCAAAAUGAAUGAUCAGUUACUGACAUUGCAGGGUUGGAAAUCUGUCCUCAGGUUUACAAAUAAUCUGAAAAAUCUGUGUCGUUGUUGCAAAAGUAUUUGGCCAUUUAGCCUGUAUUGCAGAGCACACUGAAACAAAGCAUUACAAAUCCCUGAUUCCCCGGCUUGCAAAUGGUCGCAGAAAUGGCGCAUUGGUAGCCUAGUGGUUAAAGUGUUCUCUUAUCACGCUGAAGACAUGUGUUCGAUUCCCCACAUGGGUACAAUGUGAAGACCAUUUCUGGCAUCCCCCACCGUGAUAUUGUUGGAGUAUUGCAGAAGUGGUGGAAAGCCCAUCUCACUCACUCAAAUGGUCAGCCUAUAGGUUAAUUAGCUGUGUAUGCUGAUUGUGGUGUUCCAUCUCACUCCGACAGAGAAGGCUGUGGGUUUGAAAUGGUAAGUCAAGCAUACUUUUCCCAUAUAAAAUAUUUGUCUGACUAGGGAAUGAGAUCACUAAUCUUGUAUAGCAUCUAUGAAAGUAACUGUCACUUUGAAUGAAACAGGUUGGCGGUG